UAUCUCCCCGCACCUGGUACGUGUCACCGUGUACAAUGGGCGUCAGUAUUGAGACAAUCGUUCCUGGUGACGGUAAAACGUUCCCCAAACGGGGUGACACGGUUACGAUUCACUACGUGGGCACACUCGAAAAUGGCACCCCCUUUGAUUCGAGCAGAGAUCGUAAAGAGCCUUUUGUGACACAAAUAGGUGUCGGUAAGGUGAUCAAGGGAUGGGAUGAAGGCGUGCCGCAAUUAUCACUCGGUCAGAAGGCCAACUUGAUAGCAACUUCCGAUUAUGUGGGUGAAUAUCUCAAGAAGAUCAACUCUCAGUCUGACAUCAUCUCAGGCCUACGGAGCACGCGGAUUUCCGCCCGUCAUUCCACCGCACUCGACCUUGAAAUUUGAGGUUGAAUUGUUGAAGAUCAAUUAAUGACUUUUAAAUGACGCGGCUGUACGAGCUUACUUUCGGCAUUUGUGACUGUCUUUCUGUACCAAUCCACUCAAUU